CCGGGGCCGGGGCGGGGCGGCUCCGGAGCCGGACCAGGCCCUGGAGCAGGAGCAGGAGCAGCAGCCGGAGCCGGCAGUUGCGGAGCGGGAGGUGUUGGCAGCUGCUGCCGCCAUGGAUCCGGGGGGCAGGCGCCGCCGCGCUGCCGAGGAGGGCCCACGGCCCGAGGAGGAGGAGGUGGACCCCCGCAUCCAGGGGGAGCUGGAAAAACUAAAUCAAUCUACAGAUGAUAUCAAUCGCAGAGAGACGGAGUUGGAGGAUGCACGCCAGAAGUUCCGCUCUGUGCUGGUUGAAGCAACAGUAAAACUGGAUGAACUGGUAAAGAAGAUUGGAAAAGCUGUAGAAGACUCUAAACCUUACUGGGAAGCUCGGAGGGUGGCCAGGCAGGCACAGCUGGAAGCUCAGAGGGCAACUCAGGAUUUUCAGAGGGCCACUGAAGUGCUGCGUGCUGCAAAAGAGACCAUUUCACUUGCUGAGCAGAGGCUACUGGAAGAUGACCAACGCCAGUUUGACUCUGCCUGGCAGGAGAUGCUCAACCAUGCUACACAGAGGGUCAUGGAGGCGGAACACACCAAAACAAGAAGUGAGUUGGUUCACAAGGAGACUGCAGCCAAAUACAAUGCUGCCAUGGGAAGGAUGAAACAGCUGGAGAAGAAGCUGAAAGAGCCAUCAAUAAAUCAAAGUAGACCUUAUUUUGAACUCAAGGCAAAGUACUACGUCAACUAGAGGUAACAACUGAAGAAAACAGUGGAUGACCUGCAGGGAAAGCUGGGCCUGGCAAAAGGAGAGUAUAAGACUGCCUUGAAAAACCUGGAAAUGAUCUCUGAUGAGAUUCAUGAGAGGAGGCGGUCCAUUGCCAUGGGGCCCCGAGGAUGUGGCGUAGGUGCUGAAGGCAGCAAUACCUCUGUGGAAGAUCUGUCAGCAAGCAAACUAGAGUCAGACACCAUCUCCAUGGCUUCAGAAGUGUUUGAGGAUGACAAUGGCAGCAGCUUUGUAUCGGAAGAAGAUUCAGAAACUCAGUCAGUGUUGAGUUUCAGCUCUGGCCCUACAAGCCCUUGUGAGGUGCCCGCUCAGCUCCCUCCCAUGACUCGACCUGGAAGGCUGGAUCUGCCCAGCCCUGUAUCCCUCUCUGAGUUUGGGAUGAUCUUUCCUGUCCUUGGCCCCCGAAGUGAAUGCAGCGGAGCAUCCCCCGAGUGUGAAGCUGAAAGAGGUAUGCACAGCUGGGGGGCUGAGAACAAGACGAGCAACACAGUGAACAAGAACAGGAGCAGCAUCAGGAGCAGCUCCACUGAGGGGUUGGCUUUGGAGAGCCGAAUGAAGCAGCUCUCCCUUCAGUGCAUGAAAAUCAAAGAGGGAAAUAUGUGCAGGCAGAAAAGCUGCCAGAUCGGCCUGAGUUCUUCUUGUGCCCCACCCUGAGUAAUGGGAGUAUAAAUAUUUAUACAUGAACUUCUAGUAUUUGAAGAACAUUGUGCCAAUAAUAUAUGCCAAAUCUUAAAGUGUUUACUCUUAAGAAUUUAAAACUGCACUAAGAAGUCUAAUUGAUGCGGAGGGCUGAAGUUUUUAUUCAGUAAAUCCUUUGUAGGCCAGAUUAUCAAAUGUUUAAGUUGUGCUCGUAUUUCAGACUUUGUAAAUUGUUUUGUAGCAGCCUGGCUGAGAGCAAUAACUAGUAAUGUUCCUGUGUAAAUUUAUGACAGCAGGGGGUCUGAAAUUGAAGCCAGACAUUUGGCAGAGAACAGUUUGGCUUCAGUUUGUAGAAUGAGAUGCUCUUUAGAUACAGUGGAUCUCUUGAGUAUAAGUGGCAUAUCCUUUAAACAUCUGUAUUUGUCUGUAUUAUGCUGAAACUGUAGAAAUACUUUGUAUACAGGGUAAGCUGUUGCAUGUGUGGGGUCUAAAAGCCUUCACUCUUCCCUUGAUGCUCACAGAAAGAAUUAAGGUGAGCCACACCUACGAAAACCGGUGUUAAAAGAGACAGGCAGAAAGGGGAUGGUAAUGCCUCAGUGGUAGAUGAAGGCCCUUUUUUAGCCACCGUCCCUUGUCUGGCUUGGAAUCUGAGGGCAAUUCCAAUGACCAGAAAGAGUUGAUUGGGCCCGUUGCCCUUCCUCUACCCUGAAAAGUGAAGUAUUAUUUUCAGCACCCUUAAGUGUUUUGGGUUUGUUUUCUUGCUUUGGCUUUUUGGGGUUUUUUGUUUGUUUUUUUCCUCAGAAAGUGAGAGUCAUAGAUGUAUUCAGGACAGUUAUGAUAAGGAAUUUGUCCUUGAAAUGUGCAUGAAAAAAGGAAUUGCCAGUGUAGAUUGAAAGAUGUGUUCUUAAGAUUCUCUAUAGGUUGUACUGUGUAGGGGUUUAUAACUGUUAAAGGGACUUGGGAUUAUCAUAUGCCCUGGAGAAAGCAUUCAAUAAAACUUAGAAAGGGCACGGGCAUGUUUUGCCAGGAGUUGUUAGGCAGUAGUAGUGUCUGGUAAUUAUGCUAAUAAGGUGGUAGUAAAAAUCCUAGGACUUUUCAGUUUUUGGAUGACUAAGCAUUUCUGAGAACAUCAUUUAUCUAAGACAUCAGUUUAUACUGUUAAUUUGAUGGGCAUUUUAGUAUUGCCCCCGAAGUAUUUUCUAUUCUAUGUUUUUGCAGUCCUGUUGUAUUUCAUCCCUUCCUCAGCUUGUGUAUCUAUUCUCAAAGUUAAUGUAAAGUUCUUCACACUACAGUAAACAUUUUUUGCUUUCCACA